AUGACUUUCCUUAUGCAAUUAGUUCCACCAUCAACAAAUAGGAUUCUAUAUGUGUUUUACUGUCCUAAGCAUGUUACGGAAAACAUUGGUUGGUACUUAUGUUAUCAAGUUGGCAUCACGAAGACUAUGAAGACGUUGAGCAUUUUUGAAGAGAGUUUUACACACACAGAUGUUCUUAAGUCAUUAGAUAGUGCAUCUGUUUCUGAUUGGCUAAGCGACAUUUCUAUAAGUAAUAAUCAUGGAGAAACAUUCAUUCAUUUCGAGGGAGAUAUUGUAGAGGAGUGUAUCUAUAAGGAUGAUAUACAUGCUUUAACUCUUUUUGAAGACUAUAAGAACAGAAAUAAGUCGGAAAUUGAUGAUGAAGAUAUCGCGGAUUAUUGGAUUGUGAAAAACAAGAGUUUCGAGUCUGAAGAUAGUAGUGACUCAUACUCGGAGGAUGAAAUUUGCUUUAUAAACAGAUUUCAGAAUUAUAUUUUGCGAAAACCAAAUACGGUAUUGAGGUAUAACCGCAAUGGUGACCCAAUAAGCUUUAGUGAAUUUGAAUAUGAAUCAAAAUGCAACAAAUGCACCACAAAUCUCACAUUCGAACUCCAAUUACUACCUGGGAUAGUAAAACACCUGUAA